AUGCGUGAUGCUUUACUAAACCAAAAGCAGCACAUCGGCAAAGUGAUUGGGAAGCAAAGUUCUGCAGAAGUAAAGAAGAAUAGGCUUCGAGUGAAAGCCUCAAUUGAUAGUGCUCGUUGGCUGGCACUUCAAGGGGUCGCCUUUAGAGGCCACGAUGAGACUCCUCAUUCCAAGAAUCGUGGCAACUUCAUUGAGCUCAUUGAGAUUUUCUCUUCUUACAAUCAAGAAGUCAAAAGUACUGUAUUGGGCAAUGCUCCAAAGAAUGCGAAGUAUACAUCACCCGACAUUCAGAAGCAAAUUCUUCAUGUGCUAGCUAAGAAGGUACGCAACAAAAUAUUUGAAGAAAUUGGAGAUUCCAAAUUUUCUAUCAUUGUGGACGAGGCUUGUGAUGAGAGUCAACAUGAACAAAUGGCUAUCAUUCUUCGUUUUGUUGAUACUCAAGGGCUUAUCCAAGAACGAUUCUUUGAUGUUGUUCAUGUUAGAGAUACAACAUCAAUGACUUUGCACACAUCAAUUUGCUUAACUCUUGCUUCACAUAAAUUUGUUAUUCAGAAUCUUCGUGGUCAAGGAUAUGAUGGUGCUAGUAAUAUGCGUGGUGAAUGGAAUGGUUUGAAAGCAUUGUUUUUGAAAGAUCAUCCUCAAGCUUAUUAUGUGCAUUGUAUGGCUCACCGUCUUCAAUUAGCACUGGUUUCGGCAUCUAAAGAUGUGACAGCUGUGCAUGAGUUUUUCAUAGACUUAGCAUUUAUUGUAAAUGCCGUUAAUGCUUCUUCUAAGCGGCAUGAUCAAUUGGAAGUUGUCGAAGCAUCUAGGAUUGCUCAAUUGAUAGCAGGGGAAGAGAUUGCAACAGGAACAGGUGCUAAUCAAAUGAGUACUUUACAACGAGCUGGUGAUACUCGAUGGAGUUCACAUCUGAAUUCUAUAUCAAGUGUUAUUCGAUUGUAUGAAUCAUCUUACAAAGUUCUUGAAGACAUAAAGAAAGAUGGGUAUACAGCUAAAAACAAAGGGGAUGCUCGUGUAGCUUUGAGGAAGAUGUCAUCAUUUGAGUUCAUUUUCACUCUACUUCUACUGAAUGAUAUCUUUGGCACAACUGAUACGCUUUGUCGUGCUCUGCAGCAUAAGUCUCAAGACAUUGUGAAUGCCAUGAGUUUGGUGGAAGUUACUAAAAUGGUGUUGAAGGAAAUGAGGGAUGAAGGUUGGGAUUCUUUCUUGGCAAAGGUCAUCAAGUUUUGCAAUGAUUAUGGUAUUACUAUUCCAGAUUUUAGUGUUGCACAUUUUGAAGGUCGUCCUUGCAGACAGGUAGAUACUAUCACAAAUGAGCAUCAUUAUCAUUUUGACAUAUUCAAUGCUGCCAUUGAUGUUCAGAUAGAGGAAUUGCGCUCAAGGUUUGAGGAAAAGGUGGUUGAACUUCUGAAAUUGAGCUCGAGUUUGGAUCCUACCAAUGGAUAUAAAGCCUUUGACAUUGAUGCUAUUUGCAGUCUUGCAAGAAAGUAUUAUCCUCUAGAUUUUUCUGAAAAAGAAAUAGACAGAUUGGCAUUCCAGUUGAAGAUUUUUCAUGGUACUGCUCGUACACAUCCUGCUUUGGAGAAUCUAUCAUCUGUUGCCGAAUUGUGUCAUGGUUUAGCAGAGUCUGGGAAGGCAAAGGACUUUGAUCUUGUUGAUCGACUGAUUCGUCUUGUUUUGACUCUUCCUGUCUCUACUGCUAGUGGUGAACGAGCUUUUUCUGCAAUGAAGUUAGUGAAGACCAAACUACGGAACAAAAUGAGUGAUGAUUUUCUAGCUGAUGGUCUUAUUAUUUACAUUGAGCGGGAUAUAGUGGACACAUUUAGUUUAGACGAUAUUUUGAGCGAUUUCAUUGAUCUCAAAGAGCGUCGUGUGCGUUUAAGAUAA